AUGGUUCUUAGCAUUGCUUUAUCCAAGUCUUGGUCUAUUCAUCAAUUGGAUGUGAAGAAUUUCUUCUUACAUGGCAACUUGAAUGAAACAAUAUACAUGUAUCAACCUUUGGGGUUUAAAGAUCCGGCUCGUCCUGAUCAUGUAUGUCUUUUGAGAAAGUCUCUCUAUGGUUUGAAACAGGCACCCCGCGCUUGGUAUCAACGUUUUGCUGAUUUUGUUGCAUCAAUUGGCUUUAAUCACAGCAAAUUGGAUACUUCUUUAUUCAUUUAUCGCCAUGAUCAUGACACUGCUUACAUUCUUCUUUAUGUUGAUGAUAUUGUGUUCACUGCUUCUUCAGAGUCCCUUCGGAAAUGUGUCAUUUCUCAACUUAGCACUGAAUUUGUAAUGAAAGAUUUAGGUCCUUUGAGUUAUUUCUUAGGCAUUGUUGUUACCCGACACAAGAAUUGUUUGUUCUUGUCUCAAACGAAAUAUGCUCAUGACAUUAUUAAGAAAGCAGGUAUGACAGAUUGUAAUCCAGCUUCCACUCAUGUUGAUUCUAAAGGAAAGAUGAGCACUCAAUCCGGCAUUUCUUAUGGAGAUCCUACCUCUUAUCGUUCUUUAUGUGGGGCGUUACAGUACUUGACAUUCACUCGUCCGGACAUUUCUUAUGCUGUACAACAAGUUUGCUUGUUUAUGCAUGCUCCUCAAGUUGCUCACACGAAUGCCUUAAAACGAAUCAUCCGUUAUAUUCAAGGCACUGCUGAUUAUGGUUUGAAGUUAUACAAAUCAUCUAUUACUUCCCUUAUUUCUUAUACGGAUGCUGAUUGGGGCGGGUGUCCUGAUACUCGUCGAUCUACAUCAUGUUAUUGUGUCUUUCUUGGAGAUAAUUUGAUUUCUUGGUCUUCUAAAAGGCAACCUACUUUGUCAAAGUCUAGUGUUGAAGCAGAGUAUAGAGGGGUUGCAAAUGUCGUCUCAGAAUCAUGUUGGGUCCGAAACUUAUUAUUAGAACUCAGAUGUUCGGUUACACAGGCAACCUUAGUUUAUUGCGAUAAUGUUAGUGCUAUUUACCUCUCUAGUAAUCCGGUACAACAUCAGCGCACUAAACAUAUUGAAAUGGACAUUCACUUCGUUCGUGAGAAAGUCCAACGGGGUGAAGUUCGUGUCUUGCAUGUGCCAUCCCGAUACCAGAUUGCAGAUAUUUUUACUAAAGGUCUGCCUAAGAUUUUAUUUGAUGAUUUUCGGGCCAGUCUCAGCGUUUGCAAAGCUCCCGUUUCGACUGCGGAGGUGUGA